AUGACUCCCAGAGAAAGAGAACUUCAUGACGUGGUCGUAUCCGGAAACGGAUACCUACAGACACAGCAACUGACAGAAGAAGCCAAACUACCAUUACGCGCUACUACUGAAUCAGCUGGCCUUGACUUAUACGCCACUGAUCGCAUAAUCAUACCACCACAUUCUCGUGCACUAGUGUCCACAGGACUCAAAAUUAAACCUCCACCAGGAACAUACUCUCGAAUUGCUUCAAGGAGCAGUAUGGCACUUAAGGGAAUAGAUGCCCAAGCCAGGGUAAUAGACUGUGACUACCGAGGAGAGGUUAAAGUAAUACUCUCCAACGCAACCGAUCUUCCCUAUACGGUCAAUAUUUCUGACCAAAUUGCUCAGCUUAUUGUUGAGCGCAUACUAUUACCUGCUUAUAUAACAGCACGACGCAAUGCAGCAUGUAUUCGUGCCCAGGGUGGUUUUGGUUCAACAGGCAGAUGA